UUAAAAAAAUGCUUAUGGUCGACGCAAAUCAGUGGGCCAGCGUUCAUUCAAAAGCUCCCAAAUUACCGUCAGCGCUAAAUCCCCGCAACGCAUUCCACCGACAGCAGCAUAGCGAAAAACAGGCUGUCCGGAAAAUUUUGCACUCAUAAAUCUGUGAUUCAAAGCAAUCCUUAUCAUUCACAAACAAAAAAAUUCAAAUACUCGCUUUGACUCAUUGUCUUCUUUCUAGAUCUGAAAAUAAUCUGGAGUUUCUCUCUUUACAUCAAUUUUUUCCGCAGGGUGUUAUUCGUGACUGAAAAUUAUGCCUGGGGGCGCCGAUUUGCAUCCGAAUGGUGCUGAGGCAAGAGCAUCUCAUUCAGUUUGUGAUAAUACGAUCAAUGGCAAUGGGAAUUGCCGAAAUGGGUUCGAUCCGAACUCAAAGAAAUUCAAGAUUUUCAUAGGGUACGAUCCGCGGGAGGAUCUUGCUUAUGAGGUCUGCCGCUACUCUCUGUUGAAGAUAUCCUCAAUCCCUAUUGAGAUAAUUCCCAUUAAGCAAUGUGAAUUGCGCGAAAAGGGUGUUUACUGGCGCGAAAGAGGGAAGUUAGAGAGCACCGAAUUCUCAUUCUCUCGGUUUUUGACUCCGUAUCUGGCAAAUUAUGAGGGAUGGGCAAUGUUUGUGGACUGUGAUUUCUUGUAUUUACGUGAUAUUAAAGAAUUAGUCGAUCUGAUUGAUGAAAAAUAUGCAAUAAUGUGUGUUCAACACGAUUACACACCUAAGGAAACGACGAAAAUGGAUGGGGCAGUUCAAACCGUGUACCCGAGGAAGAAUUGGUCUUCAAUGGUGUUGUACAAUUGUGGGCACCCAAAGAAUCGAGUGCUAACCCCGGAAGUGGUGAACAAGGAGACUGGCGCAUUUCUUCAUAGGUUUCAGUGGUUAGAUGACAAAGAUAUUGGAGAAAUCCCAUUUGUAUGGAACUUCCUUGUUGGACAUAACAGGAUUGUUGAGGGCAAUCCGAGCACAUUCCCCAAGGCGUUACAUUAUACGCUUGGGGGGCCAUGGUUCGAGCAAUGGAAGGAUUGUGAGUUUGGGGAUCUGUGGUUGAAAGAGUUGGAGGAGUACAAGAAGGAAGCUGAGAAAAAGUUGGAUUAGGUGGAUAUAUUAAUGCCUUGAUAAUAAUUCAUUCAAUAGCCGAUGCAAGUAGGACUUGCCUAUUUACCAUUUGUUUCCUUGAUUUUUUCCACAUGUUCACUUAGAGGAUGUCGACCGAUGAAGUUGGUAUUUUCUAGUAGUUAUACAUGUUCAUGACAUAGUUUAAUCUAUCGUUCAAUUUGUGAUGGUUCAUGUCAUUAAUUUAAUGAUAUUCUUGAGAUCUGAUUGUGGCAAUAACAACUGUUAGCUAGUGUUGCUUGGACUAAAAAAAAUGCAGAUUGUUUAAAAUGGAUAUAUAUUUACAUUGUAAUAGCUAAUUAGAUACAACAUUAAUGGUUUUCCCCCUACUUUUUGUAGUGUUGCUGUUGGGAAUUC